AAUUCGCGGUCACACUGCGCAUAUGUAUUGCUAUUUUGAUAAAAAUUUAUAAAAAUCAUUCGCAAGCUUUAUUGGAUUGGUUAUGAGUAAGUAUUUGGCAGAAUUUCUGCGCCCAUAGACCAUUCCAACCAACGGAGAUAUGAUAACGGCGCAAAAAGGCUCGAGUAUCCAGUGAUUCAGAGAGUUGACAUUGAAAAACAAAUGCAAUGCCAACAUAGAGGGUGUGAGAAGGAAGGGCAAGGAUAAAUGGUCGAUCAGACUGGUACAAAAGCUCAUAAACUACAAUCAAAUUAUGCCCUGCGAGAGUUGCGGAGUUGAGUUCACCGUAUUUCGUCGGAAGCGCGCCUGCUUCGAUUGCAAGCGCUUUUAUUGCGGCAACUGCAUUGAUGCCAGGCGCUGCCAGCGAUGUGCGAUAUUUGCUCAAAGACCGCUACUGCGGACCGACUUGCUAAAGCUGAAACCGAAGGAUCUAAUAUUCUACUUGCAGUCUAAGCACAUUUCCACUGAUGGCUGUUUGGAGAAAGAGGAACUUGUGGGACUUGUGCUGGCGCAUGUGGCCCAAGUGGACACGGGUCGAGCCAACAAUGGGCCCCACAGUCCUGGACGUGGACAGGCGAACCCUAUUGAUAGCAUCAAACAAUCGUGCCAAAAUUUCUUUACCAAUCUAACCGACAACUUAAGUGAUUCCUUUGCUUCCUUCGAUACAAAGGCAAGUUCAAGGCCGCCCGAGAAUGGCCGCCAAGCCGCAGGGGGCACGGAAGCACCCUCGCACAUAUUUGAGCAGCCGCGUGUGUCCACGCGGGAGAUUCCCACAUAUGCCAGUGCCGUGAACGGCUCUAGUGGACCAGAGCGGGUCCAUGUCCAUGCCAAUACGAACGGCAGUAGCCGUAGCAGCAAUAGUCCGUCGACUUCCACACAGCCAUCCGUUAGCCGCGAUGCUGAGGCCAAUCCACAAAGCAGCCGUGGCGGUAACCAAAACGGGCCAGCGGCUGAAGAAGCCCAUGACAACAGAUCCGAGUGUGAGUGCUUCGAUGAUGAGAUUAUGGCCACGUUCAGUGAACGCGCCACGAGUGGGCAAGCCAAUCCAGCGCCAGAGCCAAGCUCAGCUGAAUUGGGUCUAGGUCCAUCCACGACAGCCACCAACACGAGUCCAGGCUACUCCCAUAUAAUGGAAGAUGCUGGCAAGGAUGCCUGCGGGGCGGACGUUUCCUCACAGUCAAGUUUCGAGGAGCUAGGCGCUAUUGGGGGCAUAUCCGACGAGAGCAAGACCACCACAGACACCAACAGCAGCAAUCUGGACCAGUGGCAAGUGCUGGAGGUAAAUAGGAUCGACCCAGCAGCUGACACACCGAGUACAAGCAACGCGGAGGAAAUUCUUGAAGUGACUCUACGCAGCCGACCAGCCACGGACGAAGUCGGAGGGGCUAGGCACACCACAGAGACUCUCAACAUUGAGCAGCGCCCUAUGCCGCCAAACCAUUAUCCCGUUGUGCCGCAACGCGCCAAGAAAGUCACGCGACGACGCUCCGAUGGCUACUUGAGUCGCACCCAUCAUUCCAGCGAUGAUGAAUCGCCGGUGGCUUCUGGGGGACGUGGACUUAGUCUGGGUCUCUCCACUUUGAGUGAACAGCCAGAGCCUGCCACCUACUCGCAGCGCCCAAGCUGCCAGCGCUGUGGGAAGAACAAGACAAAUAUUCGGCGGCAAGUGGAGAAGAUGCGGCGUCAUUUGGAGAACUCGCAAAUGUCGGAGGAGGACAUCAAGAGGGAACUGCAGGACUUUCUCACGUACCUGGAACAGCGCACAAAGUCUGUGGAAGGCUCUGAGGCGGGCAGCUAUGCUGUCUCUCCACUGAGUGGAGAGGCGAUCAGCGUGGCCGCUGGUGGCAGAUCUUCGGGUAUGCCCAUUACUCCAACAAUUGAGUUCUCGCCGACGCAGGAUGAUGAUAUUCACUGGGACGAUGACGAGGGCAUUCAUGUGUAUGCAGCACCCUUGGACUUUGAGCCGGCGGCCUGCAUUGAUUCGCGUUAUGUUAAUUUGCAGGAUUUUGAAGAUUUAAAUGAUUUGGAGAGUCUGACAGUGAAACAGCUGAAGGAGGUCCUCAUGUUGCAUCGCGUCGACUACAAAGGCUGCUGUGAGAAACAGGAACUGCUGGAUCGAGUGAGCAGGCUCUGGAAGACAAUGCGCUCGACACCAGCUGUGGAAAAACUGGCUACGGAUGAGCUUUGUAAGAUUUGCAUGGAUGCGCCCAUUGAGUGCGUAUUCCUGGAGUGCGGGCACAUGGCCACGUGCACGAAGUGUGGCAAAGUGCUGAACGAGUGCCCCAUUUGCCGACAAUAUAUUGUACGGGUUGUAAGAUUCUUUAGGGCAUAAUUUUGAUUUCAUAUAUGUAUGGUUACGGUUACUGGUGCUAGAGAUGGGAUGCCGCCAGCACCUUUGCAGGUCAAAGUACAUCCUUAAUUGAUGUCAAAGAUGAUGCAAGUGCAAAAAUUCAGAAAUUGGUUUUUAUGUUUUACGAUUUAAUUACAAGUUGCAAGUAUGUAUGUAAAAAAUGCAUACACACACACAGACACAUACACAUACACAGACCUACCACAGAUACCGCUUUCAAAGUGUAUUUAUCUAUUUGAAAUUUGGAAAUAAUUUUGCUAUAUAUAUUUAGUUUGUUCUUGUUGUUUGUAUAAGAAACGAGAGGUUAUCUAGAUAAAACUAACAUUCCUAUAAGAAGAAACCAGAUUAAAUCGAUUACUUAUUAAUUGUUAGUUACGUCAUCACCCCAGAGAUCGCUCAACCAUGAGCACAUUUCCCACACCCGAUUCUUCGGUAAGGAAAUCUUAGGGAAACAGUAACAGAUCGGAGAAUCAGCCAUUCAUCUCAAUUAACAAUUCAAAUGAAAAUAAUAUAAUAGAUCGAAAAGACUAAGCAAAUGUGUUAAAAUGCGAGAAAUAAAUUAAAACCUAAAAUGGUUCUUCUUCGCCGUAA